AUGGCAGUUCCUCAUUAUAUUCGAAAACGAAGAGAUUCAGAAUUAUCUGAAUACAGAGAUCCCCUUGAUGAAGAUACUCAAUCAAUAAAAGAAAAAAAAGUUGAUGUUAAAAAACUUUUUGUUACUGGAUUAAGAGAAAAAAAAUUAUUAUUCUUAAUUAUUUAUGUGAUAAUUCUUUUUAUAAUUGCCGUUGGAAUGUUAGCACUUAAUAUAUUAUUGAUAAAUGUUUUACAAAUGAAUGCACGAGGAAUGAGAUCAGUACAUUUUAAUAAUUAUAUAGAUCCAGAGACAAAUCAACAAUUAACAAUGGUAGAUUUUACUGGAGAAAAAAUUAAUUUAGGUCAUGUAAUAGCUGAAAGUGGAAAAGUAUAUGGAGAAAAAGAUAAAAAUAUGCGUAUUGAAGGAAGUAGAAUUAUUAUAAGAAGUGGAGAAAAAGGUCCUAGUUAUUCAAUGAGUAAUGGUGUAUGUAAAAUUGAAAAUGCAGAAGAUUUUCAUGUAUUAAAUAGAGAUGAUGGAAAAAUUUUGUUUAGUGCAAGAAAUCCAUUGAUUGUAAUAGAUAAAAAAAUUAGAAAAAUAAGUACAAAAAAUAUAGUUACAAAUAAAAUAAGAAGUCCAAUUAAUGAAGAAUUAAGUAUUGUUGGAAAUAAUAUUAAUCUACGUGGAAAUGAAGGAAUUUUAUUUGAUUCAAAAAAUUUAAAUAUUACUAUUGACACAGCUUUACGUCUUAAGACAUCUUCUGAUGGUUCUUUAAGAAUACUUGCACCAUCAGUUCGCCUUGCCAAUACUCAUAAAACAUUACCAUUAUCUUCUUCCCCAGCACUUACAGCAUCUAUUGAUGCCUUUAAAGUAUGUAUCUGUAGUUCAGCAAGACCCAAAUUAUUUAUUGUUCAAGGAAACAAGCCAUGUACAGCAAAUACUAAUAUUUGUUUGUAA